UUGGUAUGGCUAUACACAAAAUAUAGAGGACAAUAUUCAGAAAUUGGGGAAUAUAUCGAUUAUUUUUCAGAUGUUGUUUGGAAUAAUGUAAGUUAUUUUACGUGUUAACAAUCUAUAUCUCGAAUAAAUGUUCAUACUAAAAUGUGCUACUUGUUUUGGCCGUUGAGUUCGCAGAUGAAAUAAUCAUCUUAUUUUACCUAUAUCGAAAAAAAUUUUUUUCAACAACUAAAAUCCAUAUGCAAUCGUAUCGGACGUGUCUAUAUUGCCAGACGCUCAUUCGAACAUGAUGCUUCAAACGACAAUGGUAUAAAACUGUUGACAGUACGAACAACAACAAGUUAACAAUACGAGUACGAUGUUUCGAUAAUGUAUAUGUUUUGUUAAACAAUUUACCUGCAAUGGAAUAUGUAAAUAUUGUUAUACCGAAUAGACGAAGAUGGCAGGAGUUGCAACAACAACAAAAUGACGUGCAAUUUGAUUACGAUAAAAAUAUUCCUUCGAAAUUAUCAAAAUUAAAAGGUUUUGUAUUAUACGCUUUUCUUCAUGAUUAUGAUUAUUUAGAAUUGUUAUUAUCCCAGUGUUGCUCUGAUCUAGAAUACUUAUCAUUGAAUUUAUGUAUUGAUCAAUUUAUUGAUGGUGGACGUUUAGAAAAAAAGUUAUUAUCAAAACUAACUAAAUUGAAAGUAUUUCAUUUUUGUUUUCGUAUUCCAGUUGUCGAUAACACAUUGAACAUAGACGAAUAUAUCCAAACCUACAAAUCAUCUUAUUGA